UUCAGUUGGUUUUUCUUCAAAGUAUUUGUUAGAUCCAUCCAAAAGAGAAGACUCCAAGCGUGCCAAAAUUCCAAUGUCCGGCCGUUUCCCUCUUUAAUAAAGUUAGUAAAAUGAAAGAUCACCAACUCUGCGUGAUUUCCCUAGAACUAUACGUGCUUUUGUCUCUCCCAUUUAUUACGUUAUGUUAGUUCAAGAAUUAAUUGCUAUUUUCUGCAUAGAAAGAAGGCGAAUCGCAAGUAUUCCCCUCUCUGCCUUUCUCGCUUUCAGGAAAGCUUUCAAGUGCAAAACUUUCUACACCUAAUUUCUAGCUCCAUUUCAAGAAAGUCAGGAACCAUGUUUCGGAGAAAGCUUUGCCCCACGAGUCAGGCAAAUGAUUCUGCUAGCCGUGAUACAAAGGUUAGCGAGUUAAGGGCUGCUCUUGGACCUCUAUGUGGACGUAGCUUACAAUUCUGCACCGAUCCGUGUCUGAGGCGAUACUUAGAAGCACGAAACUGGAAACUUGACAAGGCAAAGAAAAUGCUUGAAGACACUCUCAAGUGGAGAUCUACCUAUAAACCAGAAGAAAUUCGUUGGGUAGUAAAAUAUUUUAUUGAUGCAAAAACAUUUGCGAAGAUAAAGUUUGUGUAUCCGAAUAACAAAGAGAGCACGGAGUUGAUGAAGAUAUUUUUCGAUGCUGAGAACCUUCCAAGAGAAUUUGGGGGGAAAGCUACAUUGAAUUACGAUCAUGAAGAAUUUUCAAAAUUGAUGGCUAAAGAAGAUGUUAAAACUGCUAAAUUUUGGGGCUUUGACGAUUUGCCGUCCCAUACAAAUGGUAGUGGACGCUCCAAAGCAGCACAAGUAACGCCUGUGCCAGUGAGUGUUGCAUCAGCUGCAAGCUAACCAGAGUUCAGUUGUCUAUAAUAGCAACUACCAGUGUAAGGCUUAAAUAGUGUAUUAUGUUGUGCAUCGUCAAUGCUUUAAAAGGCAAUCCCUAUUUUUAAUUCAGUUCUUCCAUAAUUAAUGGCAAAAUACCUUAAAACACCCCUAAACUUGGCACGCAUUAUUGGUUACAUUCUUGAACUAUCUAUGGUCUUAAUUACCCCUCUAUACUUGGUUAUUGAAUUCGAUAGUUGUUACCCCCUUGGAUGAUCUGAUCCCAGGAAAGUGGCAUG